GUUCCGUGUCCCCUGCUCGGCCCGGGCAGCGCCCCCCGCCCGCUGCUCCCCAGGAGCUGCGGACCUGGAGGGGCAGGGCGGUAGAAUGACCUCGCCUGUGGACCCCAAGAUCAAACAGGCUUUGCGAAGGAAACCACCCGAGAGGACUCCGGAGGACUUAAAUACUAUCUAUUCUUUCCUUCAUGGACUGGACAUACUCUCACAUUUCAGGGAACAUCAGCUAAGAAUAAUGUCAUCAAGUGCCCGCUAUGAGAGGUACAAGGGCAACCAAGUUCUCUUUUGCUCAGAAACUAUUGCAAGAUGCUGGUACAUACUGCUCUCUGGAUCUGUGCUCAUGAAGGAUUCCAUGUUUUUACCACCUUGCAGUUUUGGCAAGCAGUCUGGAGGAAAACGAGGAUGCGAAUGUAUCAUAUUGGAGCCUUCAGAAAUGAUUGUG